AGACUAACAAUACAAUGUUCAGGUGUGUGCUCUUCCAUUCAAAGUAAAAGCUAUUUUUGUGGAACUCUUUGUGGAAUUACAUUGUACUUAAGAAAAAUGUGUAGCCGGUAUUGAAGAAAGAUCACCUUGACGUGGCCGUUUGUGAACGGUAUACACUCGUCUGUCUGCACAGCUGAGCAUCUCUCAACGACCUUGGGGCGAAACGAGUUUGUACAAUUGGACGUUUUGAAUGAUAAUGUCACUACGAGAGUCGCUUUGAUUUAAAAAAAUGCAUGCAAUUUCACAUUUUUCUUAUGAUUAAUAUUUUGACCAUAACAUAUCUGAUUCACAGACCCCGUUCAUGACUGUAGUGAAGACUUUUGACGUCAGAAGUGAGAAUCAUCGGCACGUCCAAUGGGGGUAGAAUAUUAACCGAGAGUCAGUGCCAGCGAACUGCCAACAUUAUUAGCAAUGUUAACCAAGGAAUAAGGUGUCUUUACAAAGGACUCGACGAGUAAAAAAAAUAAAGAUUUCACCCAGGGACGUACGACAAAAGAGGAAGAUACAGCACUGCUAUGAUUCACCCUCUUGCUGCAGCAAUGAGCAACCAACUCCAGAACACUUCCUCUUUUAACUCGGAGACCUGGAAUUUCCAAGACGUGGGGAACUCCUCGCCCGUCCGGACCACAGACGUACAGCCGGUCGCUGUCAGCCCCUGGGACGUCGCACUGUGCGUAACUGGAACCCUUAUCUCCUGCGAGAACGCAAUUGUGAUUGCCAUUCUUUUUUACACGCCCACCCUGCGCGCGCCUAUGUUCGUGCUCAUAGGGAGUCUCGCGGUCGCGGACCUGCUGGCGGGGCUGGGUCUCAUACUGAAUUUCAUCCUUACCUACAUGCUGAAUACGGAGCUGGUGACGCUAGUCGCUGUGGGACUGCUCAUUGCCGCCUUCUCCGCCUCCGUACUCAACAUCCUGGCGAUCACCGUGGACAGGUACCUUUCUCUGUACAAUGCGCUGACCUACCACACUGAGCGUACGGUGACUUUCACCUACGUCAUGGUGAUACUCAUCUGGCUCGUGUGCAUCGCCUUAGGUUUGCUGCCACUGUUGGGAUGGAACUGUCUGCGAGAUGAGUCCUCCUGCAGCGUCUGCCGCCCGGUGACUAAAAACAACGCGGUGGUGUUGGCAGUGACGUUUUUGUUCAUUUUCGCACUGAUGAUGCAGCUCUACCUGCAGAUUUGUAAAAUAGCCUUCCGGCACGCGCAGCAGAUCGCAGUGCAGCACCACUUCAUGGCCAUUUCCACCACGAAAGGCGUGUCCACGCUUUCCGCCAUCCUCUGCACCUUCGCCCUUUGCUGGAUGCCCUUUGCGAUGUACUCUAUAGUAGCGGACUCCAGCUAUCCAAUAAUUUACACAUAUGCCACUGUCCUGCCUGCCACGUGCAGUUCAGUUAUCAACCCCAUCAUCUACGCCUUUAGAAACCCCGACAUCCAGAAAUCUUUGUGGCUGGCGUGCUGCGGAUGCGUUCCCUCCAACAUCUCUCUGCGGCCAAGGACGUCAAGUGAUGUAUAGCCAUGAAUUAUAUAUAGGCCUAAGUAGCCUAUCUUUUUACACUUGCUUGUUUUAUCUUGUUUUCAUAUGUUUUGCGGAGUAGUCUAUUAUACGCCUACCCUGUGGGUGUAGGCUAUAUAUGCAUAAUCGCGGUCACAAGAAAAUCACAUGCUAUGACCUAGUUUUUCCCAAUUUUGUCCCUUAAAACAAGGCUUGCGGGUCUAAUAGUAUAUACAUUGUGAGCCUUUUAUCUACAAGUAUAUAAUCUUUCCACCGGUGAAUAAAUGUCUAUGGCUUAUUAGAGGUCAAAUUUCAAUAAUAAUAACAAGUUUAGCACCCCGAGUGAGUCUGCACUCGUCAGAAUGGCGUUUGUCGAACAUAACUGCAAAAUCGGUUGGAACUCGUAUUUGGUAGGGUGGACAGACUUGGGCAUGGAACUGGCUGGAUAGUUGUUUCGGCCACGGCGACCACGCUUACACUGUUCGGCCCCACCCACCCAGCGAUAGAAUCUGAGUGAACAGGAUUCGGCAGGGCUACAUCUGCAAGAAUGGCAAAGGCUGUGUAGUAUCCUUCCUUCAAAUUUAGUGAAGUAUAAAAAUGCCAAUACUAACACUACAAAUAAAUCAGAAGCAGGGCAUACUCACAGACCCGAUAGAAUCUGUAGCCUAUGUGUUAGUACAACGGAAAUGUGCACACAGCGAUACAGAAUUUACAAGCUAGUUCUGUCCCAGAGCUAAUUUGACUGUGUUCGACUUAUGUCGGUACAACAAAGAGGUUCUCUGUGUACAGUAUAUGUAACUUGGCAAUGGGGUACCUUUUCCAUUAUGUAAACUCCUGUCUAUAUCUCAGUCAUUUCACUAUUGUGCCAAGUUUUGCGAGGGCCCGCCUAUGUAUUUACUUGAUGACAAUUCUAAGUCUAUAAAUAUAACGUUUUACUUCUACAAUAAAUGUCUCUAUAAAACACAUUUGAAGAAGUUAAAUCAAGUGGUAGAUGCAUAGCAAAAUGGUAAUGGUAAAAAACUGUGAUAUAAUACUUGUAACUCUUAUGGAGUAUACUUGGACUCAUAAACUCUGUUAGAGUUGAUUUAAACCUGAGUUUUUUCUGGUCAGGUUGAUUAAAUAAAUUGAUGAGGAACAGCCUCUUCUAAUUUAUAUUAAUUAACACUAUCCGACGAAAAAAUGAAUUUAAGUGAGAAGCAACAAUUUGAGUAGGCAUUCUUGCUGAAGCCAUUCAAACAUCGCUAAAAUUAUAACUGUCGGAGCACAGGGUUUUAUAGCAACCAAAACGCCACCGAGCGCACUUAUCAUUUCAGUACCUUGGAUAGCAACAGAAAGCUAACCAAUACAUUUUGGGCCAUCGGACUGAGAUGUUCCUACUGGUGGUGACUAAGAGUAAAUCGUACUGGAGGAAAACAACAACAGCAACAAUAAAAAUUGUACACGCAUAAAAGUAAUUUUCUAAGCGAACACUUUCCAGGCAGUAUCCAUCACCUUACCCUCAGAGAAGAUGUGUGCUGUGUAGGCCUACUUCAAUUAUUCUGCAUGUAAUAACACUAAACCGGAAUAGUCGUAAAUCAUGAACGUGACUAGCUAUCAUAUACAUAUACACGUGUCAACCACAAUUUAAACGACUCAUUAUAAAUAAAUAAAUAAAUAAACUGCGUUUAUAGAACGAAGGCUCUAUUCAUAGAAUUGAUUUCCCAUUUAAAUAAUCUGAAAGAGAAAAUAUUUAGAUAAAUAUAACCUAGCCUACAUGCUUGACAGUACCGUCCAACCUCAAAUAAUUACAAGUUUAUAAAAACACCUACUUUCAAUCAGUUUUCUCGACGAUGCAAUAUGAUUUAACACGUACAACAAUAUUUAUCACUGGUUAUAUUUCCCCUAUGAUCGUAUCACAUAUCUUCAGCAAUGUUUGCAACCGAGCCUCCCGGCGUCGCAGCAGCUUAGACGCCGAGGUUAAUGAAAAUUCAUCUGACGGUGCAAAAGGGGAAGCCAGUUGAGACGCAUUAUAUUUCACUUGCGGUUAAAUUCUACGUUAUUUAUUUAUUUAUUUAUGUCUGACGGCUUCUGGGCGCACAUGGUGAUAUAUAUAUAUAUAUAGCCUACGUACUAAAAACGUGUAAAUUAUGUGGAGAACAGAAUAUAGGAUAAUCGCAUAGUAGUAGGCAGGAGUCAUUAGAUCCUCACGUUUCUGAACUAAAAGGCUUACAUUCAUAAUUUACAGCAGAAAACCAAGUGAUCGUCUCAUGCUACACAAGGCUUCUUCUCAGUGUCCAGGCCAAUUAUCAGUGGUUGCUUUGGUGGAGCGUUGAAAGGUCGAUUUAGACAAGAAGACGAACUGGCCACAGCGUUCAUAUCCGUGGCUCGAGCGAAUGAAACGUUAUUUACGAAGCCGCACCGAUACUGUAUGAUGUCAAACAGGCUAUUUGACGAAUUAAUGCUGCUACCAAAAAACCCUCAUUCUGGAAAAUGGCGCAGAUGAACCAAUGUAACAUAAAAAAAACUUUAUAGAUAUUUAGAAAUUGUACUUUCUACAACAUUGCAGGGGGAUACACAAAUGCACAUUUCAAUUGUUGGCAAUGCCACUCCCUCCUUUGACAUGCAGAAGCUCUAUAUCUUUUGGCCUUGGCUAACCCUCACCUGCAAUAAUGUAUAAUGCAUUUUGUGUCUGAUUGGUCCGGGUCUCUAGGUGCACACUUUCCCUUGUUAAACCUGGGAUGGCCGAGUGCUUCUCACUUUUCACUCACUGGUGGAAUUGUGGGGUACCCCACAUCUGCCUUUACACUGUGAGGCAACAGCGCUGUGUUUGGACAGGGGAACGGAAAUGCGGCAAGAAAGCCAAUGUCAUCUUGUGCCGCAUGCGUUAGUGCCAAGAGUGUGGUUAGUUAUCCUUAAACCUCAGAGUCGUUUUAAGCCUUUCUGGAGUACACUCAAGGCUGUGAUUGCUGUUUGUGUUUGUGUUUGUGUUCAUUGAUUAACAUUUGCAUAAGUGAAGCCAUUCUUGGACCAAUCACAUAGGUCCAUGACUGAUUCGCAGGAGUUAGUUCAGAUGAGUAUGAGGCUGCUCUUCCCCUCCAUGAAAAGAAACCACACUGAGAUGGUCUACAGCAGUGGUAACCAACCCUGUUCCUGGAGAUCUACCAUCCUGUAGGCUUUCAUUUCAACCCUAAUUUGGCACACCUGAUUCUACGAAUUAGCAGCUCAAUGAAAUCCCCAGCUGUUGAAUGAGGUGUUCUGUGUUAGGGUUGGAGUGAAAACCUACAGAAUGGUAGAUCUCCAGGAACAGGGUUGGUUACCACUGGUCUACAGUACAGUGCACAAUGAGGCUUCCAACUUGUAAGCAGUGGAAUACAAGUUUUUUCUGGGAUUUAUUCUGUGGAAAAUGGCCUGAUGUAUAUAUUACUUUUUGGGAGUUGUAGUUAAAUGCUCAUGGUCAGUAUUGAUGCCAAAAUCUUCACAACAAUGCCUAAUGUUGCUCAAAUUUGGCACAAUUAUUGGCCACAUUAUUUAUGUGGAAGUAAAAUGACAUUUCUUUGCCAUGAACCAAAAGCAGCAGCCAAUAUGACCAUCAAAGAAUUUUCAGUCACAGGCACGUCACUUGAAUAUCACAUUGUGAAAAAAAAA